AUGGCGGGCCCACGUCCACAGAGAGGACUUGUUCAUCAAUAUGUUCCAUCCGAACUCACAGCCUUCGAGCAUAAGCCUUACUUCCCGCCAUCAGCACCUCAAAAUAUCAUCCUCUUCAUUGGCUGGGGCACCUCCUCCCUCCUUAAAGAUGCCUACGAACUCUCAGAAUGCGUUACCUACUUCGGAGGCAUCAAAACCGGCAAGAUAGUCCUCAUGGGCCACGCCACAGGCUGCCAAGACAUAAUGGAGUAUCUGACGGGCACGUUCAACCGCUCCCGUCCCAAAAUCGACGGCGGCACCUUACAGGGUACCAGAAGCGAUCGCCAGGCUCUCCUCUGCGACCUCGAACCUGAAUACUACGAAAGCAGCUGCCCCAUGGCUCAGGGCUUAAUCGAUCAACGUGAAGGCAGGGAGAUGGUUCUUACGUGGAAGAUGAAAGGCAUCUUAUCUUUUGCCAAUCGUGCAACUACAGAGAACUUUAUAUUCGUAGACUCAGAGUCGUUCAGAGAAAAUUCGCAGAGACGGGUUUACUCGUUCCGAGUCCCAGGACCCAAGCUAGCUCCUGGGCUGCACAGCGCUGGCUUUCGAGCGCGAGGUGCUUGA